GGUAAAUAAAAUUAUUAAGUGGCAACACUAAAUAACGACGUUCUUUCGCGGUGCGUGCGACAUGACGCGCCGGUGAAUUUUAUUAUAAAUUUGACGUAAUUCUUCAGUGCAUAUCUCGUAAAUAAGACUUCACAAUGGCCGAUCAAGUCGACUCAAUGUCAGAUGCGGAGCUGCGGACGAAACUAGCCGAGCAUGGGUUCCCCAUAAUGCCUAUAACGGCAUCCACAAGAAAGUUGUUGGUGAAAAAGUUGAAAUUAGUAUUAGACAACAAAACCAAACCUCGAACUAACGUCGAUAACAAAGCUGACACAAGGCGGUCGCUCGCACGCUACUCAAGCGGCGAGGAGUCCGAUUUAGACACAACUACGAAUGCUAAAGAGAAACGUGGCCGCCGAGCGACGACCGGCGGGGCUAUGUUGCCGCCCGCCGCCAACAAGACGCGUCGCCCGCCCCCUAAGAAGGGUUCUCCCGCGAAACGAGACUCUGAUAAGGGCUCCGAGUCUGACGAGGAAAAACCUGCAAUGAGAACACACGAAGAGGUAGAGACAGUGACUACUCGCACUAUCAAGCGCACGUACGCGGCUAACGACCAGGACGACUACGAGACCGGCUCCGACAGUGAUGUGGACGCCGACAAGAAGACGUCCAGCCCCUUCCGAAGCAACUCAAGGUCGAGCGACUACAUCUCCAGCACAUUACCCUCUGUUGACGUGGGUGUUGGCAUCAGUCCCCCUAAGACAUCAGUGUUCUCUCGAGCAUCUAUCAUACCUACCAACUACUCAUCUUCAUACUCAUCCACUUUGUCUUCCUCUGAUAAUCUCAAUUCAAUACGCUCACGGUUAGGUUUGACAUCUUCACUGGCUGACAGGCCGUCCAUUAUACCAUCAUCUAGCUAUACUUCAAACUACUCUACAAGUACUUAUCAGCCGUCUACUUCUACUAUUGAUGAGGUAGAAUCUCCAUACUUAAGUAACUUCACAAGACGUCUGUCUGCACUCAAGUCAGAUCCACCAAGAAGCACAUCUUUCCUGGACAGAGACACAAACAAUGGUAGCACAGUGUUACCGCGCAGGUCUUUUGUAACUGGAAUCAAUCGUUCUGACAUAGGCGACUACAAGUCUGCCACUGAUAAGAAGUUUUUAAAGAACAAUCUUGUGUCCCUUGCUCUGGUUGUGUUAGUUGCACUUUUUUUUUUUUGCUUAUUUUUCAUGUAUAUAGUUAAGAAAAACGACAUCACGUCAGUGGCGGAUGAUCAGAACAGUGUCAUACCAAUCUGUCAGUUGCACAUACCUGGCAAUAGACCAGGGAUCAACUGUGUGCCUAAGGAACAAGUCAGUUAUGCUAAAAGUCUACUAAAACUCAUACAUCCGGAAUUGACAGCGAGAAUAGCAGCAUACAAAUGUGGCCAGCCUGGCUCUCUGCCCUAUCUCACUGAGAGAGAAAUUAUUGACAUAGCCAGUGCUAAGGCUGAAACCUCUGAUGUCAGCCAGUGUCGCACUGACCUGAACAACUUGCAAGUGCUGCUGAUAAACAACCCCCGCUGGGGACUCAAAGUUGUUCAACUGAGUAACUUGUACACUAAGGAUGCAGAGUUCACUACCAUCAGCGCCACAGACUUGAUUGUCCAACAACGAGCCAAGGGCACUGUUGCUAUCAGCCUCACAGACCCAUCAACACCCCUCUCAUGUUUAUUCAUCAACACAUUGUACUCAGCUGGGUCCAGUCUAAUUAUAAUUGCCCUCCUAACUUUACUAGGCUUAGGGCUACAAAGAGCUUACAAAUACUAUGUACUGUAUCAGAAAAGGAAAAGUGAAGAGAUCUAUUCUAUGGUGGAGCAAAUUAUCGAUGUGAUAUCUCAAGAGACUGAGGAUAGUGGAGAACCAUACAUAUCUGUGGACCAUGUGAGAGAUACACUGAUCCUGCCACAAAACAGGGAGAAAAUGGCGUCCGUCUGGGACGCCGCCGUCAAGUUCAUACAGAGGAACGAGAGUAGGGUUCGCAUGGAGGUGCAGUCAGUCGACGGAGAGGAUUGCCGCGUGUGGAGGUGGAUAUCUCCUCACAGCAGCCCCAAACGCAGUGCAUCAUGGCAAGGCCAGGCUUUUGAAACUCAAGAAGGCUCAGUCAACAACCUGGUCGUCUCCCCGACUCCCUGCUUAAAAAUACGACACAUGUUUGACAAGAACGACAACAAUUCAUUACUGCGAGUGAAGAUACAGGACGCCAUUCUGGAGAAGUGCGACAGCCACUGCAACAUCCUGCACAUCGACAUCGACCGCACGUCGGGCUGCGUGUACGUGAAGUGCGCGUCGCCGACGGACGCGGGCGUGGUGUACCGCAGCCUGCACGGCUGGUGGUACGAGGGCCGCCUCAUCACCGUCAAGUACCUGCGCCUCGAGCGCUACAUGCAGCGCUUCCCCGCCUCGCCCAGCGCCGGCCCCUUCCUCGCGCCCAAGCGCCACUCGCGCCGCGACGACUAGCCCACACCCAAGCCGGACAGUUAUACUUGCGUGCUACAGUCGCCGAACUAUGUUGUUGAAAACAAACUCAAUUUCCCAUUAUGCUCAGUUAGAAAAGUGAAUCUUAGCAAUAUUAGAUCUCACAGAAUUUUUAAUCAAAACUGGUAGACACUUCUUGGCUGACUGUGCACGAGUCUAGCGACUUACUUGUAAGCUUCAUUUAUUUAUUGCGAAUAACUUUGGAAGUUGUCUUGCAGCUCGAGUUGAUUUCGUUGCAUUUUUAUCUGGUCUACAAACUGAUGGAUUGAUUUGAUGAUAGGUAGGUAGGAUUUAAUUAUAAAGAAUAUGUGCAGAUUGACUAUAAAUUGAUCAGCUUUCAUUUUCUAACAUUUUUUUAUUCAUAAUAAAUGUUCUGCAUAAUAUAUGUUCAUUUGUAUGUUGUUUCCAUUAACUUCAUCUUAGGUUUUAAUGCAUUGGUACUUCAAAAAUAUGUUUUUGAUAAAAUAGAGUCAUAAAAUGCUUGGUUUGUACAAAGUCUUGCCUGAAUACGUCAAUGAUUGUAAUAAUUAUAUUGUACCUGUGUUAUAUUUUAUUAUUAUAUAAAAAUAUAUCCCAAGUGGGCUGUGUCCCAUAGCCUGUGUUAAGCUUAAAACCUUUGUACUUGUCAAUUAAAUUUUUUACGACUUUGUGUAGUCACUGAUCUGAUUAUUUUCCUAUUAAGGUGCUGGUCAUAAAAUGCCUUAGAUUUUGAGGGAAAAUAUUGUUUUUCAAUAGUUUUAGAACGUGAAAUUAAAUCUGCUACUUCAAUUGUAAAUAUUGGACAUCACAACAUUCAGAUGUAAUUUUACUGUUUGAUUUAAGUUACAAAGUUUCAAGGGCUUAUAAUUGUUACUGAAUUUUACUGAUGUUUUGGAACAAAUUGUUUAAAAAAUGUUCGUCUUAAGUAGGAUAAGUUUCAUAGGGUAUAUCCGACGCAUACACACAUUUGAUUUAUUUUUCUUAUAAUUUUUAAGUUUUCGAUGCGACAGCACAAACGAAGAGACCUAGGCGUGUUUAAUUUCGUAUAAAAUUGACAUUUUGUUCUUAAGUAUUUCUACUAACUUCACUGUUCUUAAUGUCUAGUUAUUUUUAUGGAUUGAUUUUCAUUUUUUAAUAAAUUGAAUAAGUAA